AUGGAGGAACAGAUGGGACGAAACGUCUUGCGCGCUUGGCAAGAUAAGCCGGAGGCGGCGAGGUACGCGCUGAUGCUGAGGGCCGAGGACCUGCCCUUGGGAAGGCCGACUGAGCUCCCGAUGUCGCAAAUCAUUGAGUUCUGCAAGGACAACGGUGUCGGGUUGGAGAUCGUCCCGACGGGGAGGGGCCUACACCCCCCGAGCAGAAAUAAGCCGCAGAUGUGUUUGUUCUGUUGUUGGGGGUAA